GCGCUGGGUUCAGGUUCCGGGUCGCCGCCGAACUCCAGGCCUGUGGAUCGCGCGCAGCGCUGUGCGGAAGUCCGCGCCAGCCAGGCGCCGUGCGGCGGCCCGGAUGGAGGAGGCCGGAGCGGCGGUGGCCACGGCCGGAGAGGCUGAACUAAACUGGUCCCGCCUCAGCGUGUCCGCCGAGACGCUUGAGUCGGAACUGGAGGCGCGAGGCGAGGAGCGGCGCGGCUCUCGAGAGGCGCUGCUGAGGCUGCUGCUGCCCCACAACCGUCUGGUGUCGCUGCCACGGGCUCUGGGCAGUGGCUUCCAGCAUCUCCAGUUGCUGGACGUGAGCGGAAACGCGUUGACCGCGCUGGGACCAGAACUGCUUGCGCUGACUGGUCUGCGCACGCUGCUGGCCAGGAACAACAGACUCAGCGGGCCGGGCGCUCUACCCAAGGGCCUGGCCCAGUCGCCGCUCUGCCGCAGCCUCCAGGUGCUCAAUCUCAGCGGCAACUGCUUCCAGGAGGUGCCUGCCUCGCUGCUGGAGCUGCGUGCGCUGCAGACCCUCAGUCUGGGCGGCAACCAACUGCAGAGCAUCCCGGCCGAGAUCGAGAACUUGCAGAGUUUAGAGUGUUUAUAUCUUGGAGGAAACUUCAUCAAAGAAAUCCCACCAGAAUUAGCAAAUCUGCCUUCUCUGACUUACUUGGUAUUAUGUGACAACAAAAUCCAAAGUGUGCCUCCUCAACUUUCACAGCUGCAUUCACUUCGUUCCCUCAGUCUCCACAAUAACUUGCUGACAUACCUGCCUCGAGAGAUCCUCAACCUUAUUCAUUUGGAAGAGUUGAGUUUACGAGGAAAUCCACUGGUUGUUCGUUUUGUCAGAGAUUUAACAUAUGACCCUCCAACUCUCCUGGAAUUAGCUGCACGGACCAUUAAGAUCCGAAACAUUUCCUACACUCCCUAUGAUCUCCCUGGGAAUCUUCUUAGAUACUUAAGUUUAGCCAGCAAUUGCCCAAAUCCAAAGUGUGGAGGAGUCUACUUUGACUGCUGUGUCAGACAAAUUAAAUUUGUGGACUUCUGUGGGAAGUAUCGCCUCCCACUGAUGCACUACUUGUGUUCACCAGAAUGCUCUUCCCCCUGCAGUUCUGCCUCUCACAGCUCCACUUCCCAGAGUGAAUCUGACUCAGAGGACGAAGCUAGUGUUGCCGCACACAGGAUGCAAAAAGUUCUUCUUGGUUGAACAGAAGUAUACAGGAUGUUGUGAAAUACUUCAAAAAAAAAAAAAAAAUGAGCAAAGGUGAUUAGAAAAUAGUUAGAAGUUGACUAGAAAUCUUAUUAUCUUCAUCUUGAAUGUCCAUGAAAGAAUCUGAGAUGGUGUGAGAGAUUUUGUUUCAUCUACCCAUUUAGCAGGAAUGAGUUUAGUACCAUGUUUAGAUUUUUUUAAUAUAAUUUACUCCAAAUGGCUUUUCCAAAUUUGGCAGAUUAUUUGAAAUUUCACUCAAGUUUUGCAUGAAUCACAGCAGAAUGGUAUAUUCUGAAGUGCAGUGGUAUAAUAAGGCCCUGAGUAUGAAACUUGUGGCAGGUGAGAUGAAGAAAGUAAGAAAUUAUCAAAGCUAUAAUUAUUACCGGGUUAUCCUUGGGUUUAGGCUGAACAUUGUACACCAAACAGGAUUAGCCCUUUGCUUAUUUUGCCCAUAUGUCUAGAUUCCAGACCAUAUAAGCUCACAGAUGGUUACAUAGGACCUAAACCUUUCUGACCAACUAACUGGUAAAGUAAGGGAUAUAACUUGUCAGUGGGAUAACUCUUCAUUUCUUCCUCUUUGUUCUAUAUGAUUGUUAUUAACCUUUUAUAGUCUAGCAGUCACUUGUUUUAGUGCCUUAAUCCUAGCAAGAAUAUGGAAACUAACUCAGAUAAUGCCAGAGGAGCCUAAACCUAACAUACUAUGCAAGACACUUCAAAAUACGCUUUAACAGAACUAUGUAAACAACUGUGUAACUAACAGCUGAGCUCAUGGCCACCUUAACUUCCUUUUUUUUUUUAAGUGUGCAGUGGUCCCUUGUAAGGAAAUCACUUUUUACGGUUAAUGGGAGGCUACCACCUUAAUCAGCCUGUUCCUUUUAAGACAGACUAAUACUUUAAACAAAAAUUUAGAAAAGAUGUAAGCCAAGAAAACUUCUUUAUUGUGAGUGACGGGGGAAAAUUUAACUUUUUAACAGUCAAAUGUGACUCCUUUGUAUUAUGUACUAAGCUGUAACUUUUUUACAUUCUAAAGUAAAAUGAAUACAACUAGAAAAACAUGGCAGUGAAGCUAAAUAAAGUUAGGAGCAGGAGUCAUUGUGUUCAUACACAAUAGAAUACCAAAACUAGUUUAAUGGUAGAAUGCAUUUUGAAAAUAAAAUAUUGGUAGAAUAGGAAAAAAAAAUUUUAAAUGUAUCCUUGAAGUAUAGGAGAAAAAUAGUUUUAAAAAUUACCAAAUUUUUAUUUACUGCUUAUUAUCAAUAAAUUGAUAUUACAAAAUACACAAUACUUUCUAAUCAUCAUUAGCUAACCAACCUAUGUAACAUGAUUGCUAGUUGGCAAACGUUAAAUAUACAGGCACAUUGCAUUAGAGCCUCAUGAUCUCUUUUGAUUUCUGGCAUUCAUGACUGGGCACAUCAUUUCUUAAAAGCUAAUUAUUGUAUAAUAUAUAUGUGUGUUAGGUUUUUUUUCAUAUAUAUUUUUUACUUUAGAAGAAAGUAUAGUAUAGGAUAUUCAGGGUGUGUUUGUUUGUUUGUGUGUUAAUUCAUGAAACAUGAGAGUUUCAUGACUGCAGUUGUGAAACGCUGCUAUAGAGAAUCCCUUCACCUUUACCUUGUUAAAAUGUAGUAAGAUUGUAUUUACUUUUUAACUCAGAAGUUUUUUAUGUGUAUAGAAGUGAUCUAAUGUGUUUCUACUGUCUACUGAAGUAGUAUGUGGGUAAUUAUAUUAUAAAAUAGAAUAAGUCUUUGCUUACUUCUUCAAGUGAGCCACAGUAAGCUGCAAACUGCAAAAUUAUGAAAAGUAACAAUGUCUUAGGCAGUGCCUAAGUGACAAACCUAAAAUGUUUUGUAACUAACUGAUUUAGAUUGGUAGGACCAAAUUUUUCUGGCUUAAAUGCCUCUGUUUACUUCUUAAUUGACUAUUAACUUUGACAUGAGUAACAGCUUAAGAUGAUCUAAGAAUUAAAUAAGCAUGUAAAUAUAGCAUUUAGCCUUUCCAGCCUUCCUAGAAUAAAUAUAUAUAUAUACUGCUUUAUAUAGAUAUAAAUUAGUCCAACCAGAGACAGUUUCUAGCCUGUGCCAUAUAAUGAUGUCUACUACAGUGUUCUUUCAACAAAAUCUUUGUUAGGAUUCUUUACAUGUACUAUUGAAAAAUCUAUGAUCAGUAUGCAACUGUCUUUGGUAACUUUUCAGUAAAUCUACAUUUUAGUUAUUAGUUUUUCCUUUUUUUUUUUUUUUUUUCUCUUUGACCUUAGCCUUUACAAGAGCUGCUGAUAAGUUCUAAGAUUUUCCUUACUUCUUUUUGCUAUUUUUCUUUUUCUUUUUAAAUAACUGGUGACUAGAAGUUAACCAGAAGAUGAGAUACAGGGACUUGAUCAUCUAAAAACAAUGUAAUCAGCUCCCAAGUCAUGUAGCAGACUGUAUUUAAAAUGGUAGUCUGUCUUAUUAGUUGCUAAAUCCCAUGCUUCUGUUUAACUACGGUUAGUGAAUUUUGAGGAUUUUUUAAAAAGGUGAAAAAUCAAGUAUUUUUCAUAAUCAAAUCUGGUUUUGAUAUUGCUCCACUUGGAUGAUUUUAGUGAGCAAAAACUACUUAAGCAGAACAUUACUAUAUGUUGAGAGGAAUUCUUCAGUGCUAAUAUUCAAAAUUGGAAUUGGGUACAUUAUACAUUCUCAGCAAUCUUUAUUCCUAGAAACCAGUUUUUCAGCAUCACCAAACUGAGUCAGACUAGGACUUUAGGAAAUAGGAAAAUUCACUAAUCUGAUGUUGAUUCCAUGGUGCGAGGGAUUGACUGACAUAAGGACCCAUGGUCAGAGUUCUCAGUAUUCCCUGUGUUUGAGUAGUGAAGGUAGAUCUAGAGGUGACUGUUCAUAUUUUACUUCUAAACAUGUGCCGAAGAAAUCUCGUCUUAAAAUUCUCAAUACUAGAAUUUUAAGUUAACAAAAUUUAAAAGUAAAGACUUGUGUUGUAAAUUGUACCUCAUAUCAAUAAGAGUAAAAGGUAGUCCAUAAUGAUGCAGCAUAAUAUAGCAAACCAAUUUUAUAAGAAAUUGUAAUACCAAGUUUAUUGCUGUAUUGGUAAAUCUUUAAAAGCAACAAAGGUCAAAGAUAAAGUCAUCAGACAUCCAGGAAUAUCCCUGAGCCAAGAAAGCCCUUUAGAAUAAUAGUGAAUUGUUUUUAAAUUAAUGUGUAGCAGUUGGGAGUUUGUCCACAUCCCUCCAUAACCAAGGGCCAGCAAGUAAUAGGAUUUUCUUCCAGCCAACCUUGCUCUUCACAAAGGGAGGAAGUAGUACCUUCUUAACCUGAAAUUUGUGGGUACAGCAGGUGGCCCCAGUUAAUGUUUACCUUCUCACUAUGUAAAAAACACUAAGCAAAUAGUGCAAAUAAAGUUUGAUCUUUUAAAGCAUUUUAGUAGCAGCUAGUUUUAUAUUUAAAAACAACGGUUAUUAUUUCUAAACCUCAUAUAACCCCUGUAGACAAAACUGUGUUAGAGUAUGUAUAUAAAAUUAGUUUAGCAGCAUUUAGUUAGAAAUACCUAAUUUUAACCUAAAUGAGCUCCUUCUUAUCUAAAAGUAGAGAUUUUAUUAUGUCAUUAUAAAAACCACUUCCUGUGCAAGGCCCUGAGUUUGGUUCUUGGCCCUGAAAAAUAUUAAAAAACAAUAA